AUGUCAUUUUGGGACAACAACAAGGAUUCAUUCAAGUCAGCUGGUAAAUCGACUUUCAAGGGUAUUACUAGUGGUACCAAAGCUGUGGGACAGGCAGGUUACAGAACCUAUAAAAAGAAUGAAGCCAAAAGAAAGGGUGUUGAAUAUCAUGACCCGAUUAAAAAUGAAUCGAAAAGCGGAGAGACAAAUGUCCCUUAUAACCCAAGUCCAUUGCCUUCAAAAGACAAAUUGAGUUCAUACCAACCUCCACCUAAAAGAAAUGUGGGCACUUUUGGUGUUCCCCAAAGGGGAGAAGCUUCUCACUAUUCUGCUCCUGCGCCUACUUCGGGUCAAAGUACAUAUCCUGCAAAUCAACAACAAUAUCAACAUCCGAAUGAAAUUCAAACCAGCAGUGGCUAUCAAGAACCACCUCCGGAGUAUCUGGUAGAUUCUAAUAGUGACAUGCAGGGAUUUUCUGCGGGAAGUGAGUAUCAGAGAACAGCACAUCCAGCUCCGGCCAGUACUACUUUUACACCAGCUAAUCAAACUAGUUUUAUUGCACUGCCUCAGCCAACUUCAAUAGCUACGGACAAUGCAAUUCAGAAUAUACAACAGCAGUAUAAUAGUGUGCUGAAACAGCCAUCACCAGCACCAGGGUUACCACCAUUACAGCACCAACCAGGGAACUUGGUUAAUCCACCAUUGCCCCCACAAGUGCCCCAGAAAAGUAAUGUUCCUCCAUCACUUCCUUCAAGAACAUCAGUUGCCAGUGUAGCAAGCUCCACAUCUCAGCAAAGUGUUGGGCAAGGGAGUUUUGUGAAUGCACAGGAACAACCCAAACCUAAGCCAGCUUUGCCCGACCCUGGAUCAUUUGCACCACCACCAAGAAGACGUGACCAACAACCAAUUAAACCCAAAAUUUUAACCAAUAACUCAACCAUGGGAAAUGAGAAAAUGCUGAGUCCAUUAGUGCAAGGGCAGAGCUCAAGUCUGAAUAUUGGAUUACAUCCACUGAAGUCUAUUAGCGAAAGAGAACAUCAAUCAGAUUACAGUGACGCUCUGCUGAAACCACCAUCGUUACCAAGUAGAACGAGCUCUUCUCACUCCAACUUACCUUUGAAACAAAAGCCACCGAAACCAAAGAAACUUCAAGGUGAUUCAUCAAUUACGACUUCACACACACCAGGCUAUAACUCAAAUUACACUCAUAAUGUUUUUUCAGCUCGAAGCGAAGAAGAAUAUGCAACGCCUCCAAAACCACCACGUCCAGUUGAAGACGAGGAAUAUACAAAUCCACCUAAACCACCCAGACCAGUAGAAGAUGAAGAAUACACGAAUCCUCCUAAACCGUCUAGACCAGUUGAAGAUGACGAGUACACAAAUCCACCAAAACCUCCUCGUCCACAGACCCAAAAUUCUUCUGCGGUGACACCAAGAGCUAUACCUGAUGCCACUGAGCUAUCUAACAAAAAGCCUCCACCACCUAAACCUUUGAAAAAACCUUCAACAUUAGAUGGAUCAACAAGUUCCCCUCCUUUAUAUUCCGAGCUUGAUAACCUGUUUAGCAAACCGAAGCAAAUAAUCUCGGAACCUACAAACUCGCAAAGUGCAGUCCUGAGUGAGUUGAACAGUAUUUUUCAAAAAAUGAAUUUUAAUAAAACUGAAAGUGAGGCACCUGCUAGUAGUCCUGAAGUUAAACCGAAGCCCAAACCGAAGCCGGUACCAAAACCGAAACCCGAGAUGAUUACUAAGAAGCAAGAACUGCCGGAAACCAGUAUACGAAUAGCAACGACAACUAAACCGCCACCACCCGUGCGUCGUCUUUCCACACCCCAUAAGUCACCUUCUCCACCACCAGUUCCUCCAGCGAGAAAUUAUAGCAGGGCUCCUGCUCCACCACCUCCAAAACAAUCUGGCCCUCCAAAUUUGGAUUUAGAAUUAUCGAGUGGUUGGUAUGCCAAAACCAAUGGACCAUUGCAGUUACCCAAAGUAUUUCAUGGAAUCAAUCACAAGUUUUCGUACACGACAUCAUCAGGCUCUUAUGGGAAGGGUACCACAACUUUAACUGUGAGACUUAAAGACUUAUCCAUAGUCACAUAUAAAUUUGAAUACAGUAAUAAUGACAUUAGUAACGUAAAUGUGGUUAUUGAGAAAUAUGUUCCAUCUCCAAUCGAUACAACUCCUUCCAAACAAGAACUCAUUGCUAACCAUCAAAGAUUCGGGGAGUAUAUCGCAUCUUGGUGUGAACAUCACAGAGGUAAGACUGUUGGACGAGGUGAGUGUUGGGAUUUGGCAAAAGAAGCAUUACAAAAGGGAUGCGGAAAACAUGCAUUUGUAUCAAGUUAUACCAUCCAUGGUUAUCCAAUAUUGCAAAUUGGGAAUGUUGGUAAUGGAGUUUAUUUUAUCAACAAUUCACAGCAACUCGAUGAGGUAAGAAGAGGUGACAUUUUACAGUUCAACGCUUGUACGUUUUAUGAUGCAAGUACUGGUGUCACACAAUCUGCAGGUGCCCCAGAUCAUACGUCAGUUGUGAUUGGUAAACUGGGAGAUAAAUUGAUGGUUUUAGAACAAAAUGUUGGUGGUAAACGAUAUGUUGUUGAUGGUGAGAUAAAUUUGAAGAACUUGACAAAAGGUGAAGUUUACGUCUAUCGAGCAAUGCCACAUGAAUGGGCCGGUGAAUUAUAG